CGCCCGGCGCCGAUGCGGGCCUCGGGCCGGGGCGCCCGCGCGCUGGCCGCGGCCGCUGCCGCCGGCGGGCCAUGAACCGGUACGAGGUGACCAAGGCUCUGGGCGACGGCUCUUAUGGGUCGGUGCUGCGGGCGCGGAACAAGACGAACGGGGAGCUGGUGGCCAUCAAGAAGAUGAAGCAGAAAUACCACAGUUGGGAGGAGUGCAUGAAGCUUCGGGAGAUCAACUCUCUGCGGAAGCUUGUACACCCCCACAUAGUCAAGCUGAAAGAGGUCAUCAGAGAGAAUGACGAGCUGCACCUCGUAUUUGAGUUCUGCGAGGCGAACAUGUACGAGUACAUGAAGGCCCAGGUGAGCAAAGGGCGAUCGCUGCCAGAGAGCAAAAUCUGCAGCUUCAUGUUCCAGACGAUGCAGGCCGUACAGCAUGUGCACAAGCACGGCUACUUCCACAGGGAUCUCAAACCAGACAACCUGCUCGUGAGCGGGGAAGUAGUGAAGCUGGCUGACUUCGGGCUCGCACGUGAGAUCCGUGCUCGGCCCCCAUUCACGGAGUAUGUCUCCACGCGCUGGUACCGAGCCCCCGAACUCCUGUUGCGCAGCAGGUGCUACAAUUCGCCGGUGGACAUGUGGGCUGUGGGUGCCAUCAUGGCCGAGCUGUACGCCAUGCGCCCGCUCAUGCCGGGCACUUCCGAGCCCGACCAGCUCUUCAAGAUCUGCUCGGUGCUGGGGACUCCCACGCAGGCGCAGUGGCCCGAGGGCCACAAGCUCGCUGGGCAGAUGGGCUUCAAGUUCCCGCAGAUGACGCCGACGGCGCUGGAGGUGCUGCUCCCGCAGGGCAGCCCCAACGGCCUGUGCCUCGCGGCCGAGCUGCUGCAGUGGGACCCGGGCCGGCGCCCCAACGCCAGCAAGGCGAGCGAGGCAGAAGAGCGGAGGCCCCUGCGCGGACAUUCGCGCGCAAGCUGCCCACGCGAGGUCGCGCGCAGGUGCCCUCGCGCGGCCUGCGUAAGCCGCCGCGCCAGUUCGCCGUGGCAUCUCGAGGCCCGCUUCUCUGCGUCGCUCAGGUGUUGCAGCAUCCCUUCUUCGAGGGGUGCGUACAGGUGGUCGCCCAACAGCUGCCGGCUGCCGGGGGCACUGCGGAGAGCUCCUGCCAGCGCGCCUCGGACCCCGACGAAGCGGCGACCACCUCCACGCCGCGGCGGCUGCCGAAGCUGCGCCUGAGCAUGACCUGCGGCAGCUUCGGCGCGGACAGAGGCCUGGAGAAGGCGGCCCCUCGGCAGGGGCAGCCGGCCAGCGCCAGCGCCCGCGGGUCGAUCUUCGGCCAGGGGCUGGGCCCGCAGAAGCUUCGCCUGGGCGGCAGCUGCGCAGGCCUCUUCCUCAGCGAGCAGCCCGCCGCCAGCGGCGCCCAGGCCGCCUCGCAGGCCGCCUCGGGGGCCCCCAGCCUGCCGCCGCUGCAGCGGGCAGCCCAGGCGGAGGGCGGGCGGGGCGCGGGCGCGACCCAGGACAGCAGCCCCACAGCUCUCUCAGCCCCCGGUACCUGCGCACGGCGCGCUACCAGCCGGGUCUGCACCAGGCGACGGUGCCAGUGGCGGCCGUGCAGUCGGCGCUGAGCCGCUGGGGUCGCUAGUCGAGCGCAGGCCUCGUCUCGGCCGCCGCUGCCGAGAUCGGCCACGUGUGGCAGGGGGUGGGCCGCAGCGCUGGCGGUCGCGCUCAUGUCCUUGCGGGCGCAGCGAGAAAGCAUCGCGCGGUCGCAACCGAGCCGUCCGCUGCGCUCGUUGCCUGCUCAGGUGGUUCAUGCCGGUGGUCGUUCAGACCGCCGCUUUUUCCGGGCCACCCGGUGCCAGAGUGGAGCGGCACCUCACGAUGACAGCUGCUGGUUCUCCCCAUUCAACAAGAACAUGCUCGAGUUUCUCGGGUCUGCGCUGGGCCCCCCUGGCGGUGCCUUCGGCGCCACCUACGGCGCGCUCUGCGCGCCAGGGAGGGUGACCCAGCGAAGUGCCGUCCAAGAAAUCAGAGCCGACCUUUGAGUGUUUAUGCUCAUGUCGUCUUGUCUUCUUUUAGCCUCUCUUUUUUCACUUUGGUCUCUGUCACCCACCGCCUGCAGGGCAUGGCGACUGGCACAGCGUCAGCCGGCUCCUUCGAGAAGCCGCGGUGCGCUCUCAGAGUGCCCAGGGCCUGGCAACCGAACGGCCUCAGUUGGUUACUCUGCCUAGUACAAAGUUUGUCACGGUGCGCCUCCGAGCAUCCAUGGCCUCGCUUCUGUCUACGCCCUCCUCUUGGGAGGCGUCACUUCUCGUUGCCCGAGGUGAGGGAAUGCCUUUCCUUGUUGUCCUUUUUCUCUCAUUCGCCUUCUCUUCCUCCUCCUCCUCCUCCUCCUCUUCCUCCUCAAUUUCACUGCGCCAGCGCUGUGCGUUUCGCUGCUCGAACUGGUUUGUAUCCAGAGUUGGCCACUCACUGCUGUAGAUGUGCUGAUCUUCUGUGCGACAUAGCCUCCUCUCGACAUUCCAGGUGACAAAAG